AUGCAUCAUCUAGGCUUUAGUGGUUCUAAAAUAGAUACUUCUCUCUACUAUAAAUGUAGCUCUAAUCAAGUUCUUUGUAUUUUAAUAUAUGUUGAUGAUAUUCUUGUCAUUGGUUCUAAUAAAUACUCAGUUACUAAUCUUAUUCAAUCAUUGCAUCAUGAAUUUACAAUCAGAGAUCUUGGUCCAGCUCACUACUUUUUAAGCAUAGAACUUACUAAACAUGAUAAAGGUUAUGUUUUAUCCUAGUCUAAAUAUAUUGCUAAUCUACUUCAUAAAGCACAUAUAGAUAAUUGUAAGUCUCUUUCCACUCCUACUAAAAUUUCUUCACCACAUAAAACAAGUUAUCAAUCAAAUUUUGACCCCUCUCUCUAUACAAGUAUUGUUGGUGCCUUACAUUGUAUUGCUAUUACUUGAUUUGUCUUAUGCAAAGAAUAAGGCAUGUCAAUACAUUCAUGAACCAAAAGAAAAACAUUGAAUCUCUGUCAAACACUUACUUCGAUACCUCAAAGGAAAUAUCAAUUAUGGAUUGCUAUUUCAUAAAAACUCACCCUUUUCACUUAGUGUGUUCAAUGAUGCAGAUUGUCCAAGUGUAAUUGAAGAUCAUCAUUCAACCAGUGGAUAUCUAAUCUUUCUUGAUAACAAUCUCAUCUCUUUGAGCUCUAAGAAACAAGUAAUUAUUCAUAAAUCCAACAUAAAAGCUGAAUAAAAAGCACUUGCUAAUGCCAUGAUGGAACUAAUAUGGUUGCGUUCUCUUUUGCAGGAACUUGGCAUGCUACUGUCUUCAUCACCUACCUUAUGGUGUGAUAAUAUUGGAGUAACUUAUCUUGCAGUUAAUUCAGUUUUUCUUGCCAGAACCAAACACAUAGAGAUAGUCCACUUUGUUCAAGACCAAUUAGCUGACAUACCAAAGGAUUUAUAUUACCGAGGAUUACCAAAGGCUUGUUUUGUCUGGCUUAGCGACAAGCUCAAUAUUAUUGAUGACAUGAGCUUGAGGGGAGUGUAA